GCAAAAUUGGGACUUUUGCCUGGCAACAUUUUGCCAACAACACUAGCCCGGUUUCUACAUCAUGUAUCACGCUCAACCACUGCCGCGUCAAGUCGACGUCGCCGCACUACUACACCGUGAAAACGCGGUCAGUGCAUAUGAUAUUUGCCUGCGCUUUGAGGAGUUCGUUUCCACCGAACAAGACACGGAGCGCAUUAUUUCUGCUCGAAUCUUAGGCUACCUGCUUCUUCAUCCAUCUUCACAUGGUUCCCUCUCGGAGAUCGUAAAGGAGAUUCACUCCUGCAGCGAGGAUUAUGACGCUCUACAUAAUCUGGGACAGGCCUUUUUGAACUACUUCAUACGUGCAUUUCGCAAAUAUCAAGGCAGGACCCCUUUCACCUCCGACCACCUCAGCCGCCCAUCCUUUGACCAGCAGCGAUUAUUGCCGAAGGCCUCAAUCAAGGAGGCACCAAAAAAUCAUAGCACCGCCAAGGCACAAGCACUCUUACGGGACGGCUACAGAUGCGCUGUGACCGGAGCGUAUGAUACUCUGGCGCAGGAUAUGCUCAAUGACGAGCUUGCGGAUCCCCAAGUCUGGCUCGUCGAUACGGAAUGCGCUCAUAUCGUGCCUGAGUCCACGUAUUUCAACGUUAAUACUGACAACUCUCAAGAAGCUUCGAGCAAAAAAGAUUAUGUGGCAUCAGUUUUAACUGUCCUAUCGCGUUUCGGCUAUGACGUCGACAAAUUGAACGGUCCGAAGGUUCACUCGCUCUACAACGUGAUGACACUAGAACACAACGUCCACAAUAGGUUUGACCGGUUGCAGCUGUGGUUGGAGGAAACGAUGGAGCAGGAUAUGGCGAACUGUUAUCGUGUCACAGCGGUGAGGUCAGGUUUUACUCCCAUGAUGAGGGAACGGGUGAUGUUCACCACUCCUGAUCCCGAGCGUCUCCCUCUCCCUUCCCCACAGCUCCUAGCAUUGCACGCAGCCUGUGCGAAGGUGGCCAACCUUUCCGGCGCGGCAGAUUAUCUUGACAAGCUGGAUCGGGAACUGGAGACGACAGACGUAUUGGCGUGUGAUGGAGGCGCAGCUGAAGUGUUGAAUCACGCGAUUGCCUCUCUCGCUGGAAGGGGUAUCAACGCUGGGGCGUAA